GUCCAAUCCGUCGUCCGGGUGUGCGUGCGAAAAGAAUUUCUUCCUCUGAUCUUGAGUCACCUCUACUAUCAAUCAACCCAUUCACCAAUCUCCCCUACCAUUCAAAUACCCCCAUCAAUCCUCCCUUCCAUCCUUCAACCUUCAAUCCCAAAUCUCAUCUCACAUUCCCACAUCAUGUGCCCUCCCGUCGAAGAUACGCCUGUCAAUGGCACCAACGGUCAAGCAAACGGCUCCAAUGGUACCAACGGCGACCACCCAGGCUUCCGUGCCAUCCAGUCCUCGCACAACCCCCAUUCCAAUCACAAGAGCCCGUACCAGCCUGUCGGCGACUUCUUGAGCAAUGUCUCCAACUUCAAGAUCAUUGAGUCCACCCUCAGAGAAGGCGAGCAAUUUAGCAACGCAUACUUUGACCUCGAAGCCAAGAUCAAGAUCGCCAAAGCGCUGGACGAGUUUGGCGUCGAUUACAUCGAGCUCACCAGCCCUGCUGCUUCGGAGCAGUCCCGCUUGGACUGCGAGGCCAUCUGCAAGCUCGGAUUGAAGGCCAAGAUCCUUACCCACGUCCGAUGCCAUCUCGAAGAUGCCAAGAUCGCCGUCGAGACUGGUGUUGACGGCCUCGAUGUCGUCAUUGGAACCAGCAGCUACCUCCGCGAGCACUCCCACGGAAAGGAUAUGACAUACAUCAAGAACACUGCCAUUGAGGUCAUCGAAUACGUCAAGUCCAAGGGCAAGGAGAUUCGAUUCUCCUCCGAGGACUCCUUCCGAUCCGAUUUGGUCGACUUGCUCUCAAUCUACUCUGCUGUCGACAAGGUCGGCGUCAACCGUGUUGGUAUCGCUGAUACCGUUGGAUGCGCUUCCCCAAGGCAGGUUUACGACCUGAUCAGGACUUUGAGGGGUGUUGUGAGCUGCGACAUUGAGACCCAUUUCCACAACGACACCGGAUGCGCCGUUGCCAACGCAUACUGCGCUUUGGAGGCCGGUGCCACCCACAUCGACACCUCCGUUCUCGGUAUUGGCGAGCGUAACGGUAUCACUCCUUUGGGCGGUUUGAUGGCUCGCAUGAUUGUUGCCGAUCGCGACUACGUUUUGUCCAAGUACAAGCUUCACAAGCUCAAGGAGGUUGAGGAUUUGGUUGCCGAUCUUGUUGAGGUCAACAUUCCCUUCAACAACUACAUCACCGGUUUCUGUGCCUUCACCCACAAAGCUGGUAUUCACGCUAAGGCUAUCCUUAACAACCCCUCAACUUAUGAGAUCAUCAACCCCGCCGAUUUUGGAAUGUCCCGAUACGUCCACUUCGCUAGCAGACUCACUGGCUGGAAUGCCAUCAAGAGCCGUGCCGAUCAGCUAGGUUUGAACAUGACCGAUGCUCAAUACAAGGAGUGCACAGCCAAGAUCAAGGCUCUCGCCGAUGUCCGCAAGAUCGGUCUCGAUGACACAGAUUCGAUCAUCCGUACCUACCACCAGAACCUUCACAGCGAGGUAGAGAAGCCUUUGCUUGAGGGUCUCUCCGCAGAGGAGGAGCAGAAGUUCCAAGAGGCAGAGAAGAGCUUGGGCGGAGUCCCUGAGAAGCGCCAGUUGGACCAGACCGCGGAUGCGGAGGCUGAAGUGCCGGCUGCUAAGAAGACAAGAUCGGCCGCAGUUGCAUAGAGGAUUCAGGACCAGCGGUCAGAGUCUUUCGGAGUUUUGUGAACCUAAAUUUUCAUUUCCUGGGGCCAUGUUUGGGCAUUUCUAGCAUCCGGUUACGGAAAAGUUCCCUGUUUAGAUACCUCGCUAUGAACGGGCGAUGUUCAUAUAUCCUGACAUAUCAAAAAGCUAAUACGCUUUGACGUCGAUAGUCAAAAGAACACAGUGUAUUUUAUUUCCC